AAUGUUAACUGUCAGAGGUGUUAGUUUAGGAAUUGGCAAAAUGAAUCUUUCAGAACUUGAGAAAAUGCCAAAAUCAGACAGAAUAAAACUUGAAAAAUUAAAAAAAGAACAAAAAGCAGCUAAACAACAACAGAAAAAAUUAAUUAUAAAAAAAUGUGUGGAUCCGAAGGUGGGGAAAAAUAUAUAAAUAUUUGGGGAUUUUGGAGGA